GACAUCACAAAGGUGAUGAAGUUGAAAGCGCACCAUUGUGCUCAACUGCUUGCAUCCGGACGGAGGGAAGGACAGCCAAGCUGUCGACGGUCGCGAUUGUGUCGCUCGCUGGCAAGAAGGAAGCUCCGUCAUCCGAGAGGUGAGCCAAGCCGCCCAGUUUCCCAACCUGCUCGACGAGUCCGGACUUACGCCACACCGUCAUUUCCUCAUCUUCAUCAGGAAGGUGAGAGAGGAAGCUCAUCUGGGCUUUGGACGACAUCCAGCCAAGCCAGCCAAGCCAGCCAAGCGUGCCCGAGGACAAUUUGCCAGCUCCUGAGAGUCCAAACGGCGGCAGGCAGCUUGACGAUGGCCCCGAACGCGGCCCACCUGCUCACCGCUUUGGUGCUGCUGGGUUCCGGGCGGGCCUCGGAGUCGCCGCCGCCGCCGCGGACGUCGCCGCCCAUCGAGUGGGACCGCCCGUUCCUGUUGGCGUGGAACGCGCCCACCGAGUUGUGCGAGAGUCGCUUCGGCCUCCCGCUGGACCUGUCGCACUUCCACCUGGUGAGCAGCACGCUGAGGUCGGCCACCAACCAGAGCGUCUCCAUCUUCUACACGGACCGCUUCGGGAUCGUCCCCUACGUGGACCAAGACACGGGUGAGUUUGUGGACAAGGGCCUGCCCCAGCUGGUGGACCUCCGGGAUCACCGCGAGCUGGCCGAGGACGACGUCGAGUUCUACAUCCCCGCCGACCGGCCGGGCCUGGCCGUGCUGGACCUGGAGGAGUGGCGCCCGCAGUGGGUCCGCAACUGGGGCAGCAAAGACGUCUACCGGCAGCUCUCGGUCCAGAGGGUGAGGGAAAAGAACGGCGGCAGCUUGUCGGAGCAGCAGGCGGAGGCGCGAGCCAAGGCGGUGUUUGAGGACGCCGCCAAGCGCUACUUCCUGCGCUCGCUGCUGCUCGGGAAGCAGUUGAGACCCAAACGCCUGUGGGGCUACUACCUCUACCCCGACUGCUACAACUACAACUACAAGCAGGACCUGGCGACUUUCACCGGCGAGUGUCCCGACAUCGAGAUGCAGCGCAACGACGAGCUCUGGUGGCUGUGGCGCCACUCCACCGCCCUCUACCCCUCCAUCUACCUGGAGGCGGCGCUGCGGGACUCGGCGCAAGCGCGCAGCUUUGUGCGCCACCGCCUGCUGGAAGCCGCCAGGGUGGCGGCGCUGAACCACGCCUCCUACGCCAUCCCCGUCUACGCCUACGUCCGCCCCGUUUACAAGGACAGCGCGGAUCAGUACAUGUCGGAGAGGGAUCUGGUCAGCACCAUCGGCGAAGCGGCCGCCCUGGGUGCCGCCGGCGUGGUUUCCUGGGGGGACAUGGACGUGGUCAAAAGCGAGGACUCGUGUUUCAACGCCCGGCGCCACCUGGACCACGUGAUGAACCCGUACAUCCUCAACGUCACCACGGCGACCAGGAUGUGCAGCGCGGCGCUGUGCCAGGGCCGCGGCCGCUGCGUUCGCAAGCGGUGGGACGACGACGUCUACCUGCACCUGGACCCGCGCCGCUUCCGCAUCUGGCGGCGCCGCCGCGCCGGCCCGCUGGUGGUGAGCGGCAGCCUGUCCCAGGAGGACGUGGAGCAAUUUGAGCGCCAUUUUGACUGCACGUGCUACGAUGAGCAGCCGUGCCGCUCGGCCACCACCCUCAACGUCCUCCAUGACGACGGCCACAACUGAGAGCACGCACGCAUGCUGCCACCUACAUUUGAUUGUAUUUAAUUCCAAGCGUACUCGCUGUUCAAACUUGAAUGAUACUCCCAAAAUGUCGACUUUUCCAAAUUCACUGUGGCUAAUAAAGUUAGUCCCAUCUU